AACACACAAGGUCACCAGACGGUGUUGGUUUGGCGUCUUAACUUACUGUUUGUGCUUGUUCAUGUUCUAUAUUUUAUUGGGAAAGUUACAAAAUAGAAGUGUAUGAAUAUGUAUGAACUUAUGCAACAUGUCGUAUCCAAAUAUCAAUGUCCUCAACGACCCGAUAAUCUUAAAAAAAUCAUCUGGUCACUCUGUGUUGCAAGAUCAGUUUUCAAUAAACCAAACAUCAUUAGUUGGCGGGAUAUGAAGUUUAACACUUGUUUUGUUUUGGGGGGACCGGGUGCUGGGAAAGGUACAGUAUGCCAGCAAAUUGUGCAGGAAUAUGGAUUUGUACACUUAUCUGCUGGUGAAUUACUUCGACAAGCUCGUGAUUCAUCAGAUUCUGAAUUUGCUAGUGAAAUACAAGUACACAUGAAAAAUGGAACAAUCGUACCGGCUAAAAUUACUUGUGGUUUAUUAUAUCAAGCAAUGAAAAAAAAUUCUGAAAAUGCUAAUUGUACAAAUUUUCUUGUGGAUGGUUUUCCACGUAAUGAUGAUAAUCGUUUGUGUUGGGAAAAAGACUUAGGCCCUCAUACAAUACUAAAGAAGGUUAUUGUUUUAGACUGUCCAGACGAUGUAUGUAUCCAGCGUUGCCUUGGACGAAAAUCGAAUCGAGUGGACGACAAUGAAGAAACAUUAAAGCAUCGCAUAAAACAAUUCAAAGAAGAAUGUAUGCCGAUUAUUAAAUUCUAUGAGGCACAAAAUUUGGUGACCAGAAUUAAUGCAAAUAAGUCUAUACCUGAGGUAUAUGAACAGGUUCGACAAAUGAUGAAAACAUUGAAUAUCAUCAGUUGCAAAUAAAGAACAAAAAAUCUCCUAAUUCAAAUUUCGUAUUUGUAUUUUAUAAAUUAACACUAGUUGUAUUUCUUUUUUAUGACAACGGUAUUGCAUAAUGAUCAUUAUUUUAUAGUUGAUUUGAUGUAAACAAACACAACGGAUAUUGAUUUUUUUUCUUAUCAUUGGCUCUUAAAGUCAUAAAAGGCAUGAUUCUUUUCAUUGGGAAGAAAAAUUUAUUUCAGCAGUAGAACUAUGCGAAAAUGAAGUAGUAGUGUGGAAUUAACAUUAUUCAUUUCAUAUAUCUAUUUGAAUACAAAGAAAGAGUUCGACUAUGAUUAUACUUUGUCAACUAUAAUACUAUUUUUAUUGUUUUACAUAAAAAGAUGUGAUUUCCUUGUCUUUAUAUUCUUUGAUAAUCAAGUAUAACAUGUAAUAGUAAUAAUAAUAAAAUAUAUUGCCUAAUGAUG